CAAGCGGAGUUUCCACGACAGCUGGAAGCCGAGCGGCACAGGCGCAUCGCUUCUUUUGCUAAAAUUGGUGGAAAUAACAAGACUUCUGCUCGUCUCAGCACCUCCACAUAAACCCUGGUCUGGCAUGGGCGACAAGAGGAGUCCCACAAGGCCGAAGCGUCAACCGAAGCCCUCCUCCGACGAGGGGUUUUGGGACUGCAGCGUGUGCACGUACAAGAACACGGCCGAGGCUUUUAAGUGCAUGAUGUGUGAUGUGAGGAAGGGGACAUCAACAAGGAAGCCUCGUCCCGUCUCUCAGCUCGUCUCGCAGCAGCAGGUAACGCAGCAGUUUGUGUUACCUUCACAGCCCAAAAAGGAAAAGAAGGAGCGGGUAGAGAGGGAGAAGAGCGACAGAGAGCCGGCGCUCAAGAAGAACAGUCACAAGAAAAUGAGGCCGAGAUUAAAAAACAUCGACCGGAGCAGUGCCCAGCACCUGGAGGUGACGGUUGGGGACCUGACGGUCAUCAUAACAGACUUUAAGGAGAAGGCCAAGCCCUCAUCCACCUCAGCCACGUCCUCCAGCGCCGCGUCGUCGGUGGUCGACCACCACAGCCAGAACGGCUCCAGCUCAGAAAACACAGAGAAGGGCCUUUCCCGCUCCUCCUCACCCCGAGGAGAGGGGAGCUCGGUCAACGGGGAGUCUCACUGAGUCACCCCCUCAAACUCCCAUCCACCUCCAGCCACAUCACAUCUCCAAGUCCACAGGUCACUGGAGGGGGAAUCCUACUUUUACUCUAGAGCUGCACAAAAAACUGUUUUUGGAAUUGCGACCUAUUGGUCAGAGAAUGAGGUGCCAACCCAUCAGAUUUGGCAAGUUUAAUCAUUUGAAAGAUUCUCCACAGCACUGGAAUUCUGCAUUUAGAAAGCAAUAUGAAAUAUAUUACAAAAAAUGUUUGGACUGUGUGCUGGACCCUUUCAGUUUUUUUUUUUUUUAAAUCCUCAGUGGUUUCCUUUCAGAUGCACCUGCUUAUCAAGAUUUUUAUUAAACAAAAUGUGCAGCCCCACCCAUGACAUCCUCAGUGGCCGACAGAGUGACCUAUUCUUGCCCCAUGUGGAAUUCUCAGCCACCGUCUGGAUUCUUUACCUACCUGUUAAAACCUGAACCAUCUAGUACACAGUUUUAUCAGUGUCCCUACGCUGAACCUUCAGUCUGACAGUGAACCUUUGCUCUUGGUCUUGAUACUCCAAGCUUUUACUUCUGGACUGUCUCUGCUGAAGAGUGACUUUUUUUGACACAGCAUAGUGGCUGUACUUCUGGCACUGUUUGGUGAUUCCUAUAAUGUUUGGAGCAGGUUGUUUAGGUCAGGUAUGCAUAGUACGUUUGUGUAAUAUCACCUGGCAGAAGGGCAGAGCAUAUGAUUUUUAAAGGUUAAUACCGGUGUCAAAAACUGCUGUGAAAAAAAAAAAAUCUUAAUGCAGCUUUAUGAAUUAUCUGAGCUUUUUAAAGUCAUCACAGUUGGUCAUGCGUGAUCUGUCACACUGUAAAUCCAUGAUGUUGACAUAACUUGUUACCAAUCACUGACAUGUUUCAUGAUAAUGAUACACCGUGGUUAUUGUCAAUCACAUGACCUCCCACAAAAAUAUAUCUAAGCAAAUACAACAAUUCUUGUAGCCUUACAAAUGCACAUCAUCAUAUUUCUGCUUUUAUUUACUUUUAUUUUUUGAGGAAGAGCUAAUUGCAGGUCAGGUUUAUCAAAGUAAAGUUUGUUUCAGAGAUGGAAAAAGAAAUGAUUGCACAAUGACAGAAAACUGUAGAAGAAGACAAAGGCGCCGUAGCUGUAAAUGAUGCCGGUAUUCUCCUUUUAAUCUCUGCUGCACAAACAGGGCUUCGCCUGCUCUGUGUCUCAGUGGAAAACCAGAGGGCGCUGACACUUUUCUGCUGCCACAGUGGACCCAGUUUGGAUACAGCGUGUUGCUUGUACAAUGGAAAAAAAGUUUUGACUUUGGACACAUUUAUAAGCUGUAUAAGGGAUAUCCUGUGGUGUGAUGUACUUCAGAAACUGUUUGUUGAAUUCCUCCGUUUUGACGAAGCAGAGUGGAGGAGCUUAGAGUAUAUUAAACUCCCAGCAGAACAACUAUAGAUCAACCUAAGUACACAAUAACUUAUAAAACCUGUAGAGUAACUACACAGAUAAAAUGUUAUUUCUAAAAUAUUGUACUACAGUGUCUUGAUGUGGCUGUAUUAUCCAUCAUACCAGUGUUAUUGUCAAGAUUUUUACUUUGAGAUUUUAGCACACAUCUGAACUGUCAUGGCAUGAUAAUAUUACGGUCUCGGUAUAUUAUGGGACAGGCUAUGUCUCUUAGUUUGUUAGUAUCGUUUAAUGUGUCAGAGAUGUACUCUCAUAGGCUCACCACACUAGCUGGGACUAGGUGUGUGGACUCGUGAGAACCGUUCCGACAGACAUUUGUUAUUUGGUUGUGGCAAAAAUGGAAGACACUUAGAAUGUGUUUGUGUCAUUUGUUGAUAUUUUUUUGUUUGUUUUGCUUUGCCAUGCUCUGUUGUUUUAAAAAUGUGUGAACAUGUUUAUUUACAUGUCUGAAUAAGAAAAUAACAAAACUC